CCGAGACUCCACAAGUGGACACUGGUUGAUUUAGUUACAGCCUAGAAUCAAACACCAACAGAUUGUAUAAAGGUAAAAGAAAUCAUCAAACAGCCACAUCCAGGAUCAUCUGCACAAAAGACAGGUGAAAACUGACAUGGUGAAAAUGUCCAUUGGAAAACAAGAUGUGAUAAUCAUUGGAGGGGGCUUGUCGGGUCUUUCAGCUGCCAAACUCCUCACAGAGAGGGGCCUCAAUGUGGUGGUUUUGGAGGCUAGAGAUCGUGUUGGAGGAAGAACAUACACUGUUCAAGGUCCAGAGUUCCAGUAUGUUGACUUAGGAGGAGCAUAUGUUGGGCCCACGCAAAAUCGGAUUUUGCGUUUAGCAAAAGAGCUGGGUAUAAACACAUACAAAGUUAAUGAGAAGGAACAAUUGAUUCAUUUUGUGAAGGGAAAGUCUUACCCAUUUAAAGGGCCAUUUCCUCCUAUGUGGAACCCUAUUGCUUACUUGGAUUACAACAACCUCUGGAGAACUUUGGAUGAAAUGGGAAAGAAGAUUCCUGCAGAUGCACCAUGGAGUGCUGAACAUGCAGUGGAGUUGGACAACAUGACCAUGAAAGAGUUAAUUGAUAAACUUUGCUGGACAAGGGUGGCGAGAGAAUUUGCAACACUCUUUGUCAACGUGAAUGUAACUUCAGAGCCUUAUGAAGUCUCUGCUCUUUGGUUUCUGUGGUACGUGAGACAGUGCGGAGGGACAAGGCGGAUAUUUUCUACCACCAAUGGAGGCCAGGUGAAGCAUCUUGAGGUCAAUCUUUCAUUUCUUCAGGAAAGGAAAUUUAUUGGUGGUUCAGGACAAAUCAGCGAGCGCUUAGCUGAGCGAAUAAAGGAUUGUGUGAAGCUAAACAGGCCAGUGGUGAGAGUGGAACAAACUAAGGGAACUAUCCGUGUGGUGACAUUACAUGGAGAGGAAUAUGAGGCUGAUUAUGUCAUCAGUGCUAUCCCACCAGCCCUCAUUCAGCAAAUUCACUACAGUCCUCCACUGCCUCCAUUGCGAAACCAGUUGAUCCAGCAUGUGCCAAUGGGAUCCAUCAUCAAGUGUAUGGUUUACUACAGCCGGGCUUUCUGGAGGGAGAAAGGUUAUUGUGGUACCAUGAUGAUUGAAGAUGAGGAGUCACCUAUUUCUCUGACACUGGAUGACACCGAGCCUGAUGGCUCCCACCCUGCAAUUAUGGGGUUUAUAUUGGCAAGGAAGGCUCGACUUUUACUUAGUCUCACUAAAGCAGAGAGGAAACAACGAAUCUGCCAGAUUUAUGCACGAGUUCUGGAGACAGAGGAAGCUCUAUACGCUGUUCACUAUGAAGAAAAAGACUGGUGUGAGGAGCAGUACUCGGGUGGCUGCUACACUGCAUACUUCCCACCAGGGAUGUUCAUUCAGUUUGGCAAGUACGUACCUAUGCAUAAUCAAUCUAGAUUCCUGCCAAAUAAUGUUGUAGUUUUGUUUUAA